AUCAAACGCAUCACAAUCAAAUCAACACAACUCACUUCCCUUUCCUCUUUUUUUUUCUGUCUCUUUAUUUCCUUGUUUCCUAUCUGGGUCUCAUUCAUUCUUCAAUUUCUUACUACAACACCAAAACAACUACAUCUCUGCUGUGCAGAUCGCCAUCCAUUCCUUCCUGCACAAUAAAACUUCGUCCGUUCAUUUCGACAUCCCGACUCUAGUCACACUCUUUCGACUAUCAACAGCCCAAAACAUCAGCCAAAAUGCCUGUCCCAAGCUACAACGCUAUGCCUCUCUCCAAGAUGUUUGUCGUGGUCCGCGGUCUCCAGGCCAUCUGCAUGAUCCUCGUCAUCGGCAUCUGCUCCAACUUUGUCCAAAUGAUUGUCACAACCGGUGUUGAACCACCCAAGGAAUUCGUCGGCACACUCAGUGUGACCUGCAUUGCAGCACUCUACAUCAUAGUCAGCAUCGGCUACUACUGGUCGCAAGCCAACCUCGGUCUUCUCAUCAUGACGGGCGUCGACUCCCUCCUCCUCAUCGCUUUCAUCGUCUGCGCAGUUACUCUCGGAAAGCCCAUGUCCUUCCUCAACUGCUACGUCAUUGGCAAGUCGUCUGCGGAAAUCGAUGCACAGUACGCCAGCGCCUUUGUCACUGCCACGGUUGAGAACCUCAACAAGUCUGUCUCCAGCUUGGGUCACUGGGCUGGUGUUACUCGCAGCAACUGCUUCCAGGCCAAGACCGUGUGGGGUAUGGCUAUUGCUCUUUGCAUUCUCUUUACUGUGUCUUGCGCUCUCUUGCCUACUUUGUGGUACAAGAACAACAUGAAGAAGCCGGCCAAGACUGUCGAGGAGGCCUAG